CAGCCCCCUUUAUACCUACCGUCUUUCUCUCUCAGCAGCCAGCUCCGCGGGUGCGAGCCGCUAAGUCUUCUCCUGACCGCCUGUAGCCGAGGGAGAGCCGUCACUACCGGGGUCGCGCCGCGCAGCUCGAGCCAGCAACAUGUCCGAGAACAAGAAGCAAAGGAUGAAUCUUCAGAAAUCAACUAAUGUGGUGUACCAAGCCCAUCAUGUUAGCAGAAGCAAGAGAGGACAAGUUGUGGGAACAAGAGGUGGCUUCAGAGGCUGUACGGUGUGGCUAACAGGUCUUUCUGGUGCUGGUAAGACAACCAUUGGGUUUGCACUGGAGGAGUACCUGGUAUCUCAUGGCAUUCCUUGCUACUCCCUUGAUGGGGAUAACAUCCGUCAUGGCCUGAACAAAAAUCUCGGUUUCUCAGCUGAUGAUAGAGAAGAGAACAUUCGUCGUAUUGCCGAAGUUGCCAGACUGUUUGCAGAUGCCGGCCUGGUUUGCAUCACUAGUUUUAUUUCUCCUUUCACAAAGGACCGUGAAAAUGCACGGAAGAUUCAUGAGACAGCUGGUCUCCCUUUCUUUGAGGUCUUUGUGGAUGCUCCUCUAAACAUCUGUGAAAGCAGAGAUGUGAAAGGCCUUUACAAAAAAGCACGAGCUGGAGAAAUCAAAGGAUUUACUGGAAUUGAUUCAGAGUAUGAAAAACCCGAAAUGCCAGAGCUUGUGCUUAAAACCAACGUGUCUUCAGUAUCAGACUGCAUUCAGCAGAUUGUGGAUCUCUUGCAGGAACAGAACAUUGUGCCUCCUGCCGCUAUCCAGGAUGUUCUUGAGCUCUUUGUACCAGAAAAUAAGUUGGAACAAGCAUGGGCAGAAGCCAAUACGUUACCUUCUGCAAAGAUUACCAAGCUGGAUCUGCAGUGGGUUCAAGUCCUGAGCGAAGGCUGGGCCACCCCCUUGAAAGGGUUUAUGCGUGAGAAGGAAUACUUGCAAGUUAUGCAUUUUGGCACCUUACUAGAUGGAAGGGGUAGAGUUGAUAUAUUCCAGCUUGAUGGCGUUAUUAACUUGAGCAUUCCCAUCGUGCUUCCGAUAUCUUCUGAAGAUAAGAAGCGUCUGGAAGGUUGCAAUGCCUUUACACUGGAGUAUAAUGGGCGGAGGGUGGCAAUACUUAAAAACCCUGAAUUUUUUGAGCACAGGAAGGAAGAACGCUGUGCGCGAGUCUGGGGGACCACUUGUGCUAAGCAUCCACACGUAAAAAUGGUUAUGGAAAGUGGAGACUGGUUAGCUGGUGGAGAUCUGGUGGUGCUAGAAAGAAUCAAGUGGAAUGAUGGGUUGGACCAAUAUCGCUUGACACCCUUGGAGCUGAGACAGAAGUUUAAGGAAAUGAAUGCAGAUGCAGUAUUUGCUUUCCAGCUCCGUAAUCCAGUGCACAAUGGGCAUGCUCUGCUAAUGCAGGAUACCAAACGCCGUCUGCUUGAAAGGGGCUACAAGCAUCCUGUGCUGCUCCUGCAUCCCCUUGGUGGCUGGACCAAGGAUGAUGAUGUGCCACUCGAGUGGCGUAUGAAGCAGCAUGCCGCAGUUCUGGAAGAGCAUGUCUUAGAUCCAAAGUCAACUGUUGUAGCAAUCUUCCCUUCGCCUAUGUUGUACGCUGGACCAACAGAGGUCCAGUGGCACUGCCGGGCUCGGAUGAUUGCUGGAGCCAAUUUCUAUAUUGUGGGGCGAGAUCCAGCAGGGAUGCCCCACCCUGAAACCAAGAAGGAUCUGUAUGAACCCACACAAGGCGGAAAGGUGCUCAGCAUGGCUCCGGGACUCACCUCUGUAGAAAUCAUUCCCUUCCGAGUAGCUGCAUACAACAAACUACAAAAGGCAAUGGUAUUCUAUGACCAAGACAAGCACAACGAGUUUGACUUCAUUUCUGGCACACGCAUGAGGAAGCUGGCUCGUGAAGGUGAAAAUCCCCCAGAUGGCUUCAUGGCACUGAAAGCCUGGAAAGUGUUGACAGAAUACUACACAUCCCUGGGAAAAAUUAAUUAAUUCUGCUUUACCUUGGAAAGCUUUUGUUUAACAAUGAGCUCUGUCAAUUGAUACAUAUGCUAUUAUGCUUUGGCUUCUUUUAAUUUUUCUAUUUUUAUUUGUGGGCAUUUUCCCCCAGGCCUAAUUCUGGCCUGGUUCCACCCCCACCCCCCAAAAAUGAAGUUAUUAAAUGGCCUUUAUUUAUAGGGCAAUGCCAUAAGAAUUUUUAAACUGUAUAUAUGAAAGUCAAUAUCUCAAUGAUAAGUAUCCAAACGAUAUUCUAAUUGGUCACUUAGCUUCUUUCGGAGGGGAGGCUAUCAUAAGUGUACAACUGCUCAUCCAAGACAUGUAUCUUACUGCCCUGCCCAGCCUUUGAUAGCUCAGGCAAACUUGAUCUUAUCAGAUCUUGGAAGCAAAGCAGGGCAGACCCUGGCAAGUACUUGGAUGGGAGAUUUCCUUGGAAUAUCAGAGGCAAAGGCAGGCUGUAUCAAGCCACUUCUCUGAAUGUCUUCCAUCCCCCAGUAGGAGUCGCCAGAAUUCACCAUGACUUCCAGGCACACACACGAACAAAAUACAGAGGGCAUGAAUCUUCCUUCAUGAUUUUAACUUGUCGCUUUCACCAAGUAGAGGGGAAGCAACUUUUUUGAGAGAAACAGCAAAUUGAAUGAGAAGCUUCUACCAUAACUCCACCAUGGCCUUCAUUUUCUUUCAGGGGCUUGAUGACACAACUGAUGGUGGCUUUUGUUUUUAUUAGGAAUUAUAUCCUGAUGUCCCCUCUAAGCUGCAGAGUCUUGUGAGCAAAAAGUCUACUUUGUGAGCUACUGACAUUCAAGUUGUGAGCUGCUGCAUAAAUUAUUGUGCUCCCAGGGUCAUCCUUCCUGAGCUAAGACAAAAAUCUGUGAGCUAGCUCACGCUAACUCUGCUUAGAGGGAACACUGAUCCUGACUCAUUGAUAUCUUAUAGCGAGACCAGGAAAUACCAGAAUAACACACAACUUUUUCUUAGCAUCUCACCAGUCAGAAUGUGCUGGCAGCGAGUUCCAAAAUUCACUUCCGUUUUGAAUGUCAAUUUUUUAGCCCAGUGAUUUUUAAUUGUUGUUCAAAAGCUUAUCAGUGCAUCAUUAAUAAAACUAACAAUGAAGGAUAAACAUUUUCUACCACAACCCAGUCAAGAGAUUGUUGGGUAUGAUGUAAGGCCCACUUUCAAUCCAAGUAGUGUUACAGUGAGUGCUGCAGAUAUGACCACCAACCCACAUGAACAGAGAACACAAUUCUAGACUAUGCCGUGGAAUCCUGGGCAAUAAUCAGGAGCCCAGUGGCAAGUGGGAUCACUGGAAAGGGUUCCCUCAAAGAAGAAAUUUAAAAACACAAGUUUUGACAGUCACGUGUUCUGACUUGAGACAGGCCAGGCAAUAACCCCUAAUUAUCUUUUUGGCUCACUUCUGGCUUCUCUCAAAUUCAUCUCUUUCUGUUGAAAGCAAGGACUGAAGUCGGAAGUUACCUCAAAACGUUUGCAUAAGAAGUGUCACUUAUUUCGUUUCUUUUCACUUUGUCUUCUCCAAAUAAAGCGGCUCAUAACUCUGGCAACUAAUUCAAUCUUUCUACAUGAGGAAACAAGUCACGGAGAGUCUCAAGCAAUGUGAAUCAGGAUAGGACAUGCCACAGUGAAGGCACUAAGAUGAUGAAAAUGAUUAUAUUGGAUUUAUACCCCACCUUCCACUCUGAAUCUCAGAGCGGCUCACAAUCUCCUUUAGCUUCCUCCCCCACAACAGGCACCCUGUGAGGUGGGUGGGGCUGAGAGAGCUCUCACAAAAGCUGCCCGUUCAAGGACAGCUCUGUGAGAGCUAUGGCUGCCCAAGGCCUAAGGGGAAGUGCUGAGGAACAAUGUAGAACACAGUUAUCCCUUUCUUUGCCAUCAUCGCAGCCUGGACUCCCUUGGUGGUUUCCCAUCCAAGUACUAAAAGCUAACCCUGCAUAGGUUCCAGGAUCGAAUCAAAUUGGGUUAGCCUGAGUCACCUAAAUUAUCCUACUCUUUUUUAAAAAGCCCUUAAAUCUUACACUGGCUAUUGUAUUUUAAUCUUUAUUUUCCUACACGAUCAUGAUGAGAAUGUGAACUUCCUAGCAAGGAAAAAGCUGAAAUUCUGAUGAAUCCAAAUGCAUCAGUCUAUGCAGAUAUUUUGUAUGAGUUAACUGUAUUUAACUUAACUGAAUGUUAUUCCCUUAAAUAUGAAUGCCAAUUAGCUUGUGAUUAUUAACUGCUGUUUUAUGAACACAACAGUUGAUGGUUCAGCUCAUUUUCUUGUUCUGCACUUAUGAGAAACUUUCCUGCUGUAGGGCAGUGAUUGUGAACUGGGACAUCGCCCAUCUCAUUUGAGCACUGACUUCUGCCGGUGGUCAUGAAGGCAGGUCACUCAGCCCUCGGUUGCGAAAUGGAGAAAAAUAAGACUGCCUUCGCUUACAGGGUCAUUGUAUGUGUUUUAAAAAAAAAAAACAUGGAGCACUUUGAAUCCUCCAAUACAAAAUGAAGCAGGGUUUCCCAAAGGUUUCUGCAUACUCUGAAGGCUCCUCAGGUAUACUGAAAUGUGUAUGUAACAAGCACCUUACCUCCAAAGAAAUGCGCUGAUUAGGACUGAGCAUGCUCAUUGCUGUCUAGGAGAAUGUUGAGGGUAGCUGAGCAUCAGUUUAAAAGAGAGCGAGGGGAGCUUCACUUGCUUAAGCCUCUAAAAGUAUAUGGAAACCCUGAGGCACACAUCCCCCUCCCCUUAAAAAACCUUCCCCAUACAUUGUACUGAAAAGGAAGGGAAAGUGUAUUUCCCCUGCAUUGUACUAUGGAGCUGGACUGCUGAGGUUUAGGGCUAGGUUUGCAGAAAGCUCUUCUACCCCAAAAAGCUCAGCAGUCUUGUGCUGGAGGAAAAUUCCACUAUGUUUAUCCUUCCAUGUGCAUACAGCCACAGACUCCCAGCUUGGAAAACUGAUAUUCAAUACAGGGAUGUUGACAAAAGCUGUGGCUCUUUGUGCCAACACAUCUAUUGGUGCACUUACAUGUUAAAUUCCUAGAAAGGGUUUUGCUUAGGGGGAAAUGCUAAGUUGUCUUCCUUGUGUUGUGUCCCACUGCUGUAGUUACAAUCAACAAAGGUGCUUACAGUCUUACCCAAAGCUCCAUUAGAAGGAUGUAAUGUGCUUAGGAUAGCACUAUAUGUUACUGAAUUUGAACAUUCCUAUCUUUUAUUAAAUUGAUGCCAGAGUAUUUCCAUAGGAUACUAAAAAUGUCCUCAGUCUCUUCCACUCAGAUGCAAAUAACAUUAAUGCAGAAUACAGAGAUGUUAGACUUUACAUUCCAUUUACAGCCCCCCCCCCCUUUCAGAGUCAUGUGGACACUUUUAGAACAUGGCAAAAGGAUCUAGAGACUCCCUUGUAACGUGAAUUUCCUAUAUGUUGAUUAGAGACAAUAUAUCCACAAAUUCUCAGCCUAAUUCACUGCCAACUAGAACUACGGAUAUCAUUCUUUUGAAGUUAUUGACACUGUAUCAGCUUUUUGCCCAAUAUUGUAUUUGAGAUUUACUGAGUCUACACUGGAAAGUUUAAUGCAGAUGAUUCCUCUCACAGAUUAAUAACAGAUGCAAAAGGAUCCAGUAUCACCCACAAUCCUUUUAACUUCCUGCCAGGAUUUUGCUUCCAUGGCAGAAUUCCACUCCCCACACACCCCUGCGUAAGCCUCCUUUUCAUGUGUGGAUAGAUGAGUGAACCUCCAUCAAAGAACCCACAGCACCAGCUGAAUAGUGCCCAUAGUCUGAAGUCUGUCCAAUCAAGAAGUUUUGUCCAGUGAUUAUUUUUCUUUAGAAGAUUCUGCUAUGAUUUUCUAAUUCCCUCUUGCAGUUAUGCAGCAAAGGCAUUUUUACUGUUUCAGAAGUGUGUUUGGGAAUGCCUUACAUAUACCUUUUCAUCUUUUUAUACUUCUUAUACUUUGGAGAAAAGAACCAAACUGAUGUUGUUAUACCUCCCAUGUGUAGCCACUUGGCAAGAUACAUGAAGCGUUCUUGCUAUACUCAACCCACACUCUAGGUAAGAGGCUUGCAUUGGAUCUCCUGUAAGCAGCACAGAUUUAAAGAGAGAUUGCACAGAUGGUAACAUUACGAGCUAAUGUAUACUAGCAAUAGUGCCUUUUAUACCCAAGCCCUCUGGAAGGGACCUUGAAUAUAAGCAUAAUUUUUAAUUAAUAUUUUAAUAGCACUGAUGUACUUUGUUUUUAACCUUGUGCUCUGUUCCUUACCAUCUUUCCAAAUGGUCACACCCCAUAUGUUGUACUGUUCCUUUUAAUUUUUUUUUAAAAGUAUAUAUCCUAUAUUUUAUUGUGUAUUUAUUACAGACAUGAGACUGAAAGGUCUUAUCUAAUUGGUAUAUCUCAUGCCUCAUAUGACUUCAAUUUGGCAUUCUGCUACUACAACUCACCUUUAAUAGCAAUAAAUUUUUCUGCUUCACUA